AUGCGUAUCCCAGUUCAGUCCAUGAAAGACGAACCCCGGCAAUCCAUCGUGAACCAGCGCAUCUCAGUAAAGAUCCUCAAGCUAGAGAUCGAAGUGACCAACGACAAUGUUCGCAUCUGCGUCGUCAUCGGCUAUCUGUACGCUCUGGAUAACUCUGUCAUAGGCCGGCUCAACCAGGCCAUUGCCGCCUUCAGUGACGGGGCGCAGGAGAUCGACCUGAUUCCCUCAUACGAGGACCUGAUAAAAUAA